AUGAAGAGACUAGCAGCUCGCUGCUUUGCUGGCUUGUUAAUUUUAUCCCCACUAACUGUGAUUUCCGAUAGCCGGCCUGCUGAUAGUGGUAAGGCAAUUGAAGACGGCAAUUUGGAAGAAAUGGAAGAGGAAGUCCGGCUUAAAAAACGGAAGAGACGAAGAAAUGUCGAUAAAGAUUCUGCAAAGGAAGAUGGAGAGAAAGCAAAGAAAAGAAGAGGCAGGCCUCCUGCAGAGAAAUUGUCACCCAACCCACCCAAACUGACAAAACAAAUGAAUGCUAUCAUUGAUACUGUGAUAAACUACAAGGAUAGUUCAGGACGACAGCUAAGUGAAGUCUUCAUUCAGCUCCCAUCUAGGAAGGAAUUACCAGAGUAUUACGAAUUGAUUAGGAAACCAGUGGACUUCAAAAAGAUAAAGGAAAGAAUCCGCAACCAUAAGUAUCGGAGUCUUGGAGACUUGGAGAAAGAUGUCAUGUUGCUGUGUCACAAUGCUCAGACAUUCAAUUUGGAGGGAUCACAGAUAUAUGAGGAUUCCAUUGUUCUUCAGUCUGUGUUCAAAAGUGCACGACAGAAGAUUGCCAAAGAAGAAGAAAGUGAGGAUGAAAGCAAUGAUGACGAAGAUGAUGAAGAAGAAGAAGAAUCAGAAUCAGAAUCAAAAUCAGUGAAAGUCAAAAUCAAGCUAAAUAAGAAGGAUGAAAAAAGUCGGGAGAAAGGAAAAGGCAAGAAGAGGCAAAGCCGAGCAAAAGCCAAGCCUGUCGUGAGUGAUGAUGAUAGUGAUGAGGAUCAAGAUGAAAAUGACCAGUCGGAAGCAAGCGGAAGUGAUGAUGAGUGAUCCAUAGGGUUUAUUUUCUUGCCAGAACUGACCCCUUCCCCUUCUCUUCUCCCUUCUCUAUUUUACACCCAGUGAACUCACUUUGUCAAAUAGACAUUGGGUUGUUUCUGUAUUCUCAUUCUCUAUAAAUUAGCUUUAGGAUAGUGCCAGACAAACAUAUGAUAUCAUGGUGUAAAAAAGGAAAAAAAUGUAACAUAUUGUGACCAAAUGGGCCUCAAAAGAUUGAAGAACAAAACAAGAAAAAAAAACCUUUUGAUGGAAAAUGUGGGUUGAUAGUAUAUUUCUAUGGGCUGAUUUUAACUUGGUAAUGAUUUGAUUAUGCCUGGUUUUAUCAUUUGAUAGAAUGUUUUUCAGUGGCAUCAGAAAGACAAAAAAAAAAGUCUUUUGUAGCAUUGAUAACCAGGAGAAGCCAUUAAAAGCCACUGGUUAUUUUAUUUUUCAUCAGGCAGUUUUCAAAGUUUUUAUCCGUUCUGUAUUGGUUUUUUACACUGUGGUACAUAUAUGCAACUUUGUUUUAUAGCUUAUAAAUGUACAGUAGUUAGCCUUCAUCCACCUUCUCCCACAUACAUUUUUCCACUUCACGCUUGAUAAUCUUCAAAAAAAUGCUUUUUGAAUUGUAUCAAAUUUAUGUCUACUGUAAACUUUGCUUAACUUUUUUUUUCCUCAAUUAAAAAAGUUAGGUUAAAAAAUGCUAUGGAAUAUUGCAAUCUAUAUAGAGUAAUGAAUGGCUUCUUUCAUCAGACUGAUCUUCUAUGUUACCGAUGUGGAUUAUCACCUUUUCCCUAAAGUGUACUUAAUCUUUGCUUUCUUUGCACAAUGUCUUUGGUUGCAAGUCAUAAGCCUGAGGCAAAUAAAAUUCCAGUAAUUUUGAA